AAACGCCCUCUGAAAUCAGAAAGCGCGAUAAAUUCACCAGUGAGCAAAAAAGAGGGAAGAAGAGAAUGAAACCUCGGCGACUUAAAGGGCACAACGCGGCGGCCACCUGCUGCAUCGCCGCCGCUUCGCCCCCGGGCGUUCGUGGCUCCGCCCCGCAGGACGCCUGCAUGUGCUGGUUGGAUCUCCGAUGCAAAGAUGUCAUCUUUUACCAUCGGACGCGCCAAAGAACAGUCUCCUCUCUCUGUUCAAAGCUAGGGAAUGAAGAUGUUGUGUAUGCAUCGUCAGGGACGCAAAUUUCUUGUAUUGAUGUUCAUAUGGCAUCAUCUACCUGGAAACCAUUGGAAACCUACAGUUAUAACAAAGAGGAGAUUAACCAGAUUGCUUUCAGUCCAAACUCAUACUUUCUUGCAGCUGCUGACGAUAGUGGUGAUGUUAAGAUUAUUGAUACACGCCAGCAAUGUUUGUACAAAACAUUAAGAGGAGUCCAUUCAAGUAUUUGCAGCAGUGUGCAGUUUCUUUCUUGGAAAUCAUGGUCAGCUAUUACUGGCGGUCUUGACUCCAAGCUUGCCAUGUGGGACUUCUCGAGAGGGAGGGCAUACAAGGUUAAGGAUUAUGGUAAUAUAUGCUAUAUAUUUAAUAACGUUGGACAAUGUUUCAACCCUGCUUUUGUUCACUCAAUAGCAGUUCCCGAAAUUGAUGUACAGGCUGCAUUGAGCAAGGUGUGCGCAGUUGCAAGGGGUGAUGGUGUUGUUGAUGUGAUUCAACUAGAAUCUGAGCCUGUCUCUUCAUCAAAAACUUCUGUUCAUCAUAAUAAUAAGUCUCAGUUGCGUUCUAAAGAUGGUAAGAAAAAGAUUAAAGAUGAUAAUGAGAUGGAUCAAAGUCUAGGGCAAAGAGUACAACUUGAUUAUGCUCUUGGAGGACACACGGCUGCUGUAUCCUGUGUCUCCUUUUCGCUGUUUGGUGAGAAAGGGAGGUUUCUCAUUUCAGGUGGAAAUGACGCCUCAGUGAAGCUAUGGGACUGGUCGAAACAUUUCAAAAGUGGAGAAGCCAAUUCCAAUGAUGAAACAGUUUUGAGUAUGAACGUGAACAAAAAGGUCAAUUGGCUGUGCACCACUCCAUCUGAUUCUGAAAAUCUUAUUUUAUGUGACACCUCAAAAGUAUUGAAAGUUUAUACGGUGCCAUAGAAUGAUAGAUGGGCCAACUGAAUGAAUGUCUAUAAUGAAGAGGGAAAACGAUAUAAGCUUCAAGGGUCCAAACAAAGCUACUGAUAGUAGGAAAGAUCUGCAUAUUAUUUCACAAAGGCAAAAUGGAUCAACAUGUUUAUUCAGCCUCAAUGCAGAUAACUUCUCGUCAGGAACUUCUACUCUCAAAAGUGACAUUUACUGGUUUUGCUUCAGAGGGUCAUCGUUUGUCUUUAAUCUCAUGUAAAAUGGAAUAGUUGUAUUCUGCUUAUAUGACGAUUCAAGAUGUUAAAUUAUUCACAGUUACAUGAAAAUUUCCAAGUAAAGAAAUAGCACCAUGAAUAUUUGUAAGUCAUCAUCUAAACGUUAACUUCGAGUC